CAUUUUGAUUAUACUAAUGUUUUUAUAGCCAUAUAUUUAUAUUUAGUUUACCUACGCCUAAUUUUAUUUAAAAAGAGAUUAAACCCAGAAAAAUAACAAAAAGAACAAGCUAAAAUGAAGAAAAAAACUGCACUUUAUCAAUCAGAAAAUUUGUGACCCUUGAUAAGGAUCCAAUGGUGAUGACCAUAAAGUUGCAGCAGAAUAAGCUAAGAAGAGAAUGAGACAAUUCGGAAGAGAGAGAGAGAAAAGACUUGGUUAGUUAAAUAGUAACCACUAAUUGGCGCGAAACCAAAGGGAACUAAAACCGAACUCAACGCCCCUUUUCAUGACUCUCUCUCAACACCUCCAUCCACUCAAAAAAACAACUCUCUUUCACUCUCCGAUCUUUUCUUUCCCUUCAAUUUUUGUCCCAUUUAUCUCCAUUUGCUUGUCAUUUUCUCUUUUCUUUUUCUGUUUUGGCAACUGGGUUUCAUUUCUCUACUGGUUUUGGCUAUUGGGUUCUUCUUUUUUCUUGUUUUAAUUCUUUUUGGCUUUACUCCUAGCUACUUGAUCUAGUUUUCGUCAGAACUUUUUGUUUUUGGUUCAUGUUGGUCUUCAAAAGGGUAUGAUCAUUAGUUAUUUGGUAUAUGUUGUUUUAUGAUCAAGAUCAAUGUGGAAUACUGAGCUAGGAUUUGAAAAGUAUAUGCUGAUGAAACGUGCAUAACCGACAGCCUAGCUUGGAUUCAAAAUUCUAAGGAUGGGAACUACAGUGAAUAUCAUUGAAGGUUCUCAUGUCUGGGUCGAAGACCCAGAACUGGCUUGGCUUGACGGGCAGGUGUUAAAGAUUACUGGGAAAAAUGUUGAGAUUGAGACUUCAAAGGGAAAGAAGGUCACGACACCAUUGUCGAAAAUUUAUCCGAAAGACAUGGAAGCUCCUGCUGGUGGAGUUGAUGACAUGACAAAGCUUUCCUAUUUGCAUGAGCCUGGGGUUCUGGAGAAUCUAAAAUCUAGAUAUGAACUGAAUGAAAUCUAUACUUACACUGGAAAUAUUCUUAUUGCCAUUAAUCCGUUCCAAAGGCUGCCUCAUAUCUAUGAUGCUCACAUGAUGCAACAAUACAAAGGAGCGCCAUUCGGAGAGCUAAGUCCUCAUGUUUUUGCAGUUGCUGAUGUUGCAUACAGGGCAAUGAUCAAUGAAGGGAAAAGCAAUUCCAUUUUGGUCAGUGGUGAAAGUGGUGCAGGUAAAACUGAGACCACGAAAAUGCUUAUGAGGUACCUUGCCUUUUUAGGUGGUCGAGCAGCUACUGAAGGACGGACAGUUGAACAGCAAGUUCUUGAAUCAAAUCCAGUCCUUGAAGCUUUUGGGAAUGCUAAAACUGUUAGAAAUAAUAAUUCCAGCCGUUUUGGUAAAUUUGUUGAGAUCCAGUUUGAUAAGCAAGGAAGAAUCUCAGGAGCUGCAAUCAGAACUUACCUUUUAGAGAGAUCUCGUGUUUGCCAAAUCUCCGAUCCUGAGCGCAACUAUCAUUGUUUUUACCUUCUUUGUGCUGCACCACAGGAGGAAGUUGAGAAGUAUAAGUUGGGAAACCCAAAAUCAUUUCACUAUCUUAACCAGUCAAACUGCUAUGAAUUGGUUGGUGUAAGUGAUGCCCAUGACUACCUAGCCACAAGAAGAGCUAUGGAUAUUGUUGGAAUAAGUGCCAAGGAGCAGGAAGCAAUUUUCAGAGUUGUUGCAUCAAUCCUUCAUCUUGGCAAUAUUGAGUUUACUAAGGGAAAGGAAGUUGAUUCAUCAGUUCCAAAAAAUGACCAAGCUAAAUUUCAUCUUAAAAUGACAGCAGAGCUACUCAUGUGUGAUCCUGUAGCCUUGGAAGAUGCAUUAUGCAAGCGUGUCAUGAUCACCCCUGAGGAGGUUAUCAAGCGAAGUUUGGAUCCUCAAAGUGCAACAGUUAGCAGAGAUGGUUUAGCUAAGACAGUUUAUUCACGUUUGUUUGACUGGCUGGUGGAUAAAAUUAAUAAUUCCAUUGGACAAGAUCAUAAUUCAAAAUGUCUGAUUGGAGUCCUUGACAUCUAUGGUUUUGAAAGCUUUAAGACCAAUAGUUUCGAGCAGUUCUGUAUUAAUUUCACAAAUGAGAAAUUGCAGCAGCAUUUCAACCAGCACGUCUUCAAAAUGGAACAAGAAGAAUAUACUAAAGAGCAGAUUGAUUGGAGCUACAUUGAGUUUGUUGACAAUCAAGAUGUCUUGGAUCUUAUUGAGAAGAAACCUGGGGGGAUAGUUGCACUUCUUGAUGAAGCAUGCAUGUUUCCAAAGUCAACACAUGAAACAUUUGCGAAUAAGCUAUAUCAGACCUUUAAAAAUCACAAGCGUUUUAUCAAGCCAAAAUUGUCUCGAACAGAUUUCACAAUUGGUCAUUAUGCUGGAGAGGUCCUGUAUCAGUCUGACCAAUUUUUGGACAAGAACAAGGACUAUGUGGUUCCUGAACAUCAGGAUUUGUUAAGUGUUUCUAAAUGUCCAUUUGUAGCAGGCCUUUUUCCUCCAUUGCCAGAAGAGACGAGCAAAUCUUCAAAGUUCUCGUCAAUUGGUUCUCGUUUCAAGCUUCAACUGCAACAAUUAAUGGAGACAUUAAAUUCCACUGAACCUCACUACAUAAGAUGUGUAAAGCCAAACAACUUGCUCAAACCUGCCAUAUUUGAGAAUGUCAAUAUCAUGCAACAACUUCGUUGUGGUGGUGUUUUAGAAGCAAUCAGAAUCAGUUGUGCUGGAUACCCUACUCGAAAACCUUUCUUUGAAUUCAUAAACCGGUUUGGGCUUCUUGCUACAGAAGUUUUGGAAGGAAACUACGAUGAAAAGGUUGCUUGCAGAAAGAUUCUGGAAAAGAAGGGGCUCCAAGGCUUUCAGGUAGGCAAAACAAAGGUAUUCUUAAGAGCUGGUCAAAUGGCUGAAUUAGAUGCACGGAGAGCUGAGGUACUCAGCAAUGCAGCAAAAACUAUCCAGCGGCGUGUACGGACUCACUGUGCUCGCAAACGCUUUAUCGCAUUGCGAAAGGCUACCAUAUUUGUUCAGGCACUAUGGAGAGGAAGACUUGCAUGCAAAAUUUUCGAGAACAUGAGAAGAGAAGCCGCUGCCGUGAAAAUUCAGAAGCAUGUCCGUAAGUAUGAAGCCAGAAAAGCCUACAAGAAACUCCAUGUCUCGGCACUUCUCUUGCAAACGGGUUUAAGAGCAAUGGCUGCUCGCAAGGAAUUCAGAUUCAGGAGACAAACUAAAGCUGCAAUUAUUAUUCAGGCCCGGUGGCGUUGUCAUAAAGCUGUUUCCUACUACAAGAGGCUCCACAGAGGAGUAAUUGUCUCACAAACUAGAUGGAGAGGAAGAGUUGCCAGGAGGGAGCUUAGAAAGCUCAAAAUGGAAGCAAGGGAAACAGGUGCGCUAAAAGAAGCAAAAAAUAAGCUUGAAAAACAAGUAGAGGAACUCACUUGGCGCUUGCAACUGGAAAAGCGCUUAAGGACUGACCUAGAAGAAGCAAAAGCACAGGAAGCAACAAAAUUUCAGAAUUCAUUGGAAGAAAUGCAAAAGAAGAUAGAAGAAUCAAAUGCAAUGCUAGUAAAGGAACGAGAGGCUGCAAAGAAAGCUAUUGAAGAAGCACCUCCUGUUAUUAAAGAAACUCAAGUACUUGUUGAAGAUACAAAGAAAAUCGAGUCCCUAACAGAAGAAGUAGAAAAACUGAAGGUAUCAUUGGAUUCUGAGAAACAAAGAGCUUAUGAGAAUGAAAAGAAAUACAAUGAAGCCCAAGGCUCUUGUGAGGAGAAACAGAAAAAAUUAGAAGACGCAGAGAAAAAAGUUCAGCAGCUUCAGGAAUCCUUGCAGAGGCUAGAAGAGAAGCUUUCCAAUUUAGAAUCAGAGAAUCAAGUUUUCCGACAACAGGCUGUGUCCAUGGCACCCAACAAGUUCCUUUCAGGACGCUCCAGAUCAAUUAUGCAGCGAGCUGAAAGUCACAUUCCAGUGGAAGCAAAGGCAAGCUUGGAUCUGCAUAGCGCUUCAUUAAAUCACAGGGAUAUGUCUGAAGUAGAUGAUAAACCCCAAAAGUCACUCAAUGAAAAACAACAGGAACACCAGGAGUUGCUCAUUCGCUGUAUUGCACAACACCUAGGUUUUUCAGGGAACAGACCGACAGCUGCCUGUAUCAUAUACAAAUGCCUUUUGCAGUGGAGAUCGUUUGAAGUUGAGAGAACUAGUGUCUUUGACAGGAUAAUUCAGACCAUAGGUCAUUCUAUUGAGCAGAACCAGGACAAUAAUGAUGUAUUAGCGUAUUGGUUAUCCAAUGCAUCAACACUCCUCUUGCUACUACAGCGGACACUGAAGGCAAGUGGUGCAGCAGGAAUGGCUCCACAACGUCGCCGAUCAUCAUCAGCUACUCUGUUUGGAAGAAUGACGCAGAGUUUCCGAGGAGCUCCCCAAGGUGUCAAUCUUUCCUUGAUCAAUGGCAGCAUUAAUGGGGGAGUAGAUACUUUGCGGCAAGUUGAAGCCAAGUACCCAGCUUUGCUUUUCAAACAACAGCUUACAGCAUAUGUAGAGAAAAUUUAUGGAAUGAUUCGAGAUAAUCUGAAGAAAGAAAUUUCUCCUCUGCUUGGAUUGUGCAUCCAGGCACCAAGAACAUCCCGAGCAAGCUUAGUUAAGGGAGUACGUUCAGUUGCUAAUAGUGCAGCCCAGCAAGCCUUGAUUGCCCACUGGCAAGGAAUUGUGAAGAGCCUUGGAAACUUCUUAAACACUUUGAAAGCAAAUCAUGUACCUCCAUUUUUAGUCCGGAAGGUGUUCACACAAAUCUUUUCCUUCAUCAAUGUUCAACUAUUCAACAGUCUUCUAUUAAGGCGAGAGUGCUGUUCAUUUAGCAACGGUGAAUACGUUAAGGCUGGAUUGGCUGAAUUGGAACAUUGGUGUUACAAUGCAACAGAUGAGUAUGCUGGUUCAGCCUGGGAUGAGCUAAAGCAUAUUAGACAGGCUAUCGGGUUCCUGGUCAUACAUCAAAAACCAAAGAAAACAUUGGAUGAAAUAAGCCAUGACCUCUGUCCGGUUUUGAGUAUACAGCAGCUUUACCGGAUUAGCACAAUGUACUGGGAUGAUAAGUACGGAACACAUAGUGUGUCUUCAGAGGUUAUAUCCAAUAUGAGAGUGUUGAUGACAGAAGAUUCGAACAACGCUGUUAGUAGUUCCUUCCUGUUAGAUGAUGAUUCAAGCAUUCCAUUUUCAGUGGAUGACUUGUCCAAGUCAAUGGAACAAAUUGACAUAGCUGAUAUUGAACCCCCGCCUCUAAUCCGUGAGAAUUCAGGAUUUAGUUUCUUGCUGCCACGUUCAGAUUAAACAUCCAUCAUUUCAGGAAUGGAAGCAUAUGGGUUGAUAAAGAUAAAGAAAGAUGUAAAGCGGCAAUUCAAGCUCUUCAAAUUGGGAUAUGUUCUUGUUGGGUUUUAUUCACUAGUGAUUUUGCAUUACAUUAGACUCUUGUUUCUGUGAAAUCUCUUCUUCUUCUUUUUUCUUUUUAUGGUUAAUGUUAUAGUAAAUAUAGUUAUCUUCAUAGAAGGGACGGAUGCCUUUAGUCCCUUAUCCAAUGUACUGAAAAUGAACUGAAACCUGAAACUUUUCUCCAUCAUUUUGUACAAGUAGCUGAUUCUUUUAACUAGGAAAGUAACAAAAAGGAAUAAAUAAAAGCAUUGUAUCAUUUCUUUUU